AUGGCCAGCAAGGUGUGCAGAAACCGGGCUCUGGCCUCCGCCCUGCGGGCCACCAACCCGACGGUCAGAGCCCGCAGCGAGACCGCGGUGCGGUGUUUCGCGACCACAGCCCGCGCCCAGGUCAACCUCCCGAAGGAUGUCCACAACCCCCGCCAGGCGCCCCGUCCAAAGCCCGCCACCACCACCCUUCAGGUGCCCCUCGUUAACCCGGCCGACAAGUAUGAGUCCAAGGCCGACAACCUGCACAAGUACGGCUCGUGGCUCAUGGGCUGUCUCCCCAAGUACAUCCAGCAAUUCUCUGUCUGGAAGGACGAAUUGACGAUUUACAUCUCCCCGGCGGGCGUCGUCCCGGUGUUUACAUUUUUGAGGGACAACACCGCGGCCGAGUUCACCCAACUGACCAGCGUUACGGCCGUUGAUUUCCCCACUCGCGAUCAGCGAUUCGAGAUUGUCUACAACCUGUUGAGCGUCAGGCACAACUCCCGCAUCCGCGUCAAGACGUACGCCGACGAGACGACGCCGGUGCCCAGCGCCACGGCUGUGUACGACGGCGCCAACUGGUACGAAAGAGAGGUGUACGACAUGUUCGGCGUCUUCUUUGCGAACCACCCCGAUCUGCGCCGUAUCAUGACGGACUACGGCUUUGAGGGCCACCCGCUGCGCAAGGACUUCCCGCUCACGGGGUACACGGAGAUUCGGUGGGACGAGGAGAAGAAGCGGAUUGUGACGGAGCCGCUGGAGUUGACGCAAGCGUUCCGCAACUUUGAGGGCGGUUCGAGCGCAUGGGAACAGAUUGGGCCAGGUGUGAACAAGACACCGGAAACGUUCAAGCUACCGACGCCGAAACCAGAGGAGAAGAAGGAGGAGCCGAAGAAAUAA